AUGGCCGACGUGAAUAACCCACCCGCCCGUGGCGGCAUCGCAAAGAGAAAGCGUGGCAGGCCCCGCCGAGUUCCUCUCGAUGCCGCGCUCGCUGCCAGCACACCUGUUCAGGGCGGUGGCAGCCGCAGCAGCUCCGCAAGCGGCAGCAACCAAAAUAUGGUCGACCUCGAAGAACACAUCAACGACCUCGGCGAUUCCUGGGAGACCGAGUCGCUGUUUGAAGACAUUCUCGACGAUCUGGCCGAGGACAACCACGAACCCGCGAAACGUGGCUCCGACGGCGAGGCGUGUACGCCGGAAGAGUCCGCUCGCUACCGCCAACAGCUGCGCGCCAUCGGCCCUGAAGAGCUCUGCCGUCGCACCGUGGAUGCCGGCACCAUCACCGCCAAACGACUGCUGACCGCCUUUGGCGUGCGGCCGCCCGAUUUUCUCGAGGGCGAGCCCGACGAAUCGUACUUUGGCCUGCUCAGCCUGGCCCUGAGUCGCGAACUGCUCAAGCGCGCCAAGCUGACCGAGUACAACUCGGUUCAGGACGCCGUCCAUUUGCUGCAAAAGAGCCGCAACAUCAUUGUGUUGACGGGCGCCGGCAUUAGCACGUCUCUGGGCAUCCCUGAUUUCCGGUCCAAGGAAAUCGGCCUCUACUCGCGCCUCGCGCACCUCGGUCUCAACGAUCCGCAAGAAGUCUUUGACAUUCACGUUUUUAAAGAAGACCCCCGGAUCUUCUACUCUGUCGCGCGCGACAUUUUGCCGUCGACAGACCGCUAUACGCCCACGCACGCGUUUAUUGCCAUGCUGCAGCAACGGGGUAAGCUGCUCACAAACUACUCGCAAAACAUUGACAACCUCGAAGCCAAGGCUGGCAUCAGCCCCUCCAAGCUCAUUCAGUGCCACGGAUCGUUUGCGACGGCGACGUGUGUAACGUGCCGCUACCGCGUCGAGGGCGAGUCUCUGUACCCAACCAUCAAGGCAGGGCAGAUCCCGCGUUGCCCACGAUGUGCUGCAGGCAACAGCAGGCGUGGCGGGUCUGCUGCUGGUGCUGCGGUUGCCGCCGCACGGAAACAGCGGAAGGCACUCGCGCGCGAGUCGAGCAGCGGCCGUGGCUCGCUCAGCCGCAGCAACAGCUUCGACAACGCGCCGUCGGGCGUCAGCACACCGUCAGGAUCGUCUGCAGUGCGCGGGCGUGGCCGUCGUCGUGGUCGCCCACCCGGCAAAGUCGGACGGCCUAGGGGGCGUCCAAGGCGCCAGAACCGGCGCGGCAGCAGCGACGACGACGAUGAUGACGACGCCGACGGCGACUUCAACCCGAGCCGGGGCGGCGUCAUGAAGCCCGACAUUACAUUCUUCGGGGAGGCUCUCCCCGACGAGUUUUCGCGCCGCCUCACCGAGCACGACCGUGACAAGGCCGACCUGGUUGUGGUCAUUGGCACCUCCCUGAAAGUCGCCCCCGUUUCCGAGGUCGUCCCUUACAUGCCGCCCAACGUACCCGCCAUCUACAUCUCGCGCACCCCUGUGAAUCACAUCAACUUUGACAUUGACUUACUCGGCGACUGCGACGUCGUCGUCUCGGAGCUGUGCCGCGUUGCAGGCUGGAGCCUGGAGCACGAGAUGAUCCCUGCCAACCAGAAGAUUUCCGUCGAGGCUGUCCCCGGCUUUACCAGCCGGCACGUGUUUACCGAUGUGACGCCCGGACUUGUCAAGGCGGAGACGGCCGCGACCGCGACGAGCGCGAUUGGCACCGAACCGUUUGUGCCCAAGGUGGAGGAGGCGCUCGUCGUGGGCAACUUGGUGGACAAUGCGGACGACAAUGAUACUGCGGAGGUCAUGGACGCCACGGACGAAGAGGAUACAAUCGAGGUGGAGAACCCGGACGACGUCGACGCCGAGGACGCAGAGGAUGGUGUCGAUGCCGAAGACGUGGACGAUGCCGAGGAUGUCACCCGACUGUCGGCGACCUCGACGUCGAUCGCUGUCGCGACUGCACCCGCCGUGAAGACGGACGUCGUGGUGGGCAUCCGCGAGAUCCCGGCCGCGCCGCCAUCUAUGCCCGCACCACCACCGCCAACGCCACUGCACGAGAACGCGGCCCUUUAG